AUGCCGGGGCUCCUGGGCGAAGAGGGGGCCGAGAGCUGGAGCCAGGCCCCACCGCUGUAUGAGGGGUACCGCCCACCACCGCUAGAUGCCAUCCGCCUGCCCAGGUAUGUGCUGUACCUGCUGCUGGCUGCGCUCCUGGUGGUGGCUGUGGCUUAUGCUAUUGUCGGACAUCUCAUCAAGGACCUUGCCCACGACCUGGCCGACUGGGCCUUUGGCCCAAAGCCAGACCAGGAGGACGCCCCCCGGGAGCUGCGCCCAAGCCUGGAGGGUGAGGAUCUGGAGGACCUAGACCUGCAGCUGGCCCUGGCCUGGCGGGGCGAUGAGGACACCGGCAGGGGGGGCGAGGGGGUCCCCGCAGGAGCCCCUGCCAGGGCCCCCCACUGCUCCUCCAUCACCUUCAAGGAACCACUCAUUCGAAGCUCCUUCUGGAGGCUGGGCUGA